AAGCAUGUUUGAUUCAUGCAGCAAGUUUGUGCAGAAAAUAAUCUCCGUCGCAGUUAGAGCAGAUUGAUAUGGCCACUGGUAGUUCAUUCUGACGUCCGUAUACUUCGAUAAUAAACUAUCAUUGUUAAAAUCGUUGCUCUUGGAACGAUACUGUUCGUUGUCCCAGCGCAACAGCAGUCUCUCGAAUGCAGCGCAUGAAUAUUAUCUCUAGCAUGCCACUUCGGAAGUAGGUCACCGUUUUACCAUGUCUCAGCUCUAUUGGGUGCUCGUUUUAUUUCAAAAUUACACGUCGACACUGUUCAUCAUUUAUAAAAAGGUGUAAUUUGAAGUAAGAGUGGACUCAAAUCGACCAUCUAUCGUGACCUAAGGGUCUGUAUGAAGGGAUGUGAUGACCCAUGCACGACAGAAGGACUCUCUGAGCAGAUACCAUUCCGGUAACUCCUGGGAGCAGUUCGGGGGGGUGCCACAUGCUGAGGCCAUGGUGGGGGGAGCCCGGCCUGAUCGCCCAAAACUAAAAAGAGGGAGGCCCAAGAAGAUCAAGAGGGGCAGAGCGAAAGAGCGCAAUGAUCUGAGAGUGGUGGAGAAGAAGGAGGAGGAGAAGGACAGGAAGCUGUACCCUCUCAGGGCCAGGACACUGGAUCAAUGUGAGGGGGACACCCUCAACUGUCGCGUCUUUCUCACCCGUCUGGAGGAGAGUGGUGAUGAGGACAAGGCGAGCUGCUUGAAGGGUCGAAUAGAGACCAAAGAGGAACGGAGCCAUAACCUGGUGCGUGGAAGGACCAAGCCCUGCAAGUCUAGACAAAAUACCUUCAAAGCUUAUCAGAAAUUGCCGGAAUUAAACAAACAAUUAAAAUUGUUAUGCACAUUACCUGUUGUGGAGCCUCGCAAACGGAGACUAGCCUCUCUGAAUGCAGAGGCUGUGAAUAGGCUGCUCUUAUAUAGAGAAUAUCCUCAAGGGGCCAGACUCAUAAAGAAGCUACAGUCCAAUGGGAAUCUGGCAAAAGAUGCAGUAAUUUUGGGACACAACACCCCAAGGGGUCCUAAAGUGGCAAAAUCAGACAUUUAUGUUAUUGGAAGUUCCAAACAAAACAAAAAGUCUAUGAAGAUGGAAGACAUGGAUCUACUGAGCCUGUACGGUCCUACCCCCCGGCGUCAGGCCAGUCUCAACGCUGCUGCUUUGCUCAAGAUCACCAGCACCUCCUUCAAAGCCAAACACCGGGUGGCUAAGACCAACUGCAAGCAAAUGAGUGCAGUACUGAGGACCAAACAGUCACUGCACCCCAAGCUAAAGAAACAACAGUAUCAUAAACUCCAACACGGGAAAUACCAGACCCAUCCACAGCUGAUUCAGAGAUGCUGUAAUCUCUAUAAGAGGGAGUCAUUCCACCCCGAACCCCAGUGGGAGGGGAUUACAGGGGGGAACGGCUCCAUCAGAUCUGGCUUCCAGUGUCGAGCCUUGCUGGGCUACCCGAUGAAGUCUGUGAAGGAGGAACAGGUCAAGACGCAGUUGACUCCUUCUUUCUACAGCUGCUCCCAAGAAAGGUCAGUGGAGUAUUGCCACCAACUGGCCCUGUUCCUCAACCAGAAGAGCUUUGGUGAAGACAAACUUGAGGAGCGUUCGCUCUCCAAUAGCUACCUCCCCUCUCCCCGUUCCCUGGCCCACCCACAUGCCCUAACCAUAAGCCCCCACCCUUACCCGUGUUUCUCGGGCUACUACGUCCACUUUUCUCACCAUGAAACCUCCUCUACCCUCAUGACCUCCGUGAGCUCCAUCCCCAUGCCCUACCCUCCCUCCUCUGUGGCCCCCAUCCCGUUGAGCGAGGCUCCACAACAGGGCUCUCUACCCUUAGGAAUCGCCCACCCGGUCUACUGCUAUGGAGAAUCCUGCCAAAUCAGUGGAUACGCAUAUACAGCAGUACCGACGCUAGCCAGCAGGAGGUGCUGUUAUAAUGCAGGCUGCUCCAGCUGCAGCCACAAGAUUAAGAUGGAAGACUACUCCUCGUCUCUAGAGGACCACAGCUCCUCCUCUGUCCCAGCCUCCCCCGCACCCCGGCCCCUCUCCGGCUGCCCCGCCAGCCCCAGCACUCCCCCAGCUGCCCAAUCAGUGGCCUGCUUUCAGACCUCUCUAUCAGACCCCAGCCAACUGCAGGUCCCGCUGCAGGUGGUCCGGGAGUGCCCUCAGAGUGCCAAGCCACCCAGCAGCUCUCUGUCUGGGGUGAGCAGCGGCUCGUGUUCCGUCUGCCCCCACAUUCAAGACAAGCAGCAGCUGGGGCCCGCCAGCCUCGCAGCCUGCAGAGCUGCCAAGCAGCAGAGGAUCACCUGUCGCCGGGCAACCAAUGGUUGGCUGCCCGUGGGCGUGCCCUUCGAGAGGGAGGUUUUCACUGUGGGGGAAGAGACAACAGUGUUGCGCAAAUGUUUUGAAGGGGUCAAACGGGAUGGGGAGGUAAUUUGGGUUCGAGACACAGUCCUGCUGCGCUCUGGCCCCAGGAAAAAGUAUCUGCCCUACAUAGCCAAAAUCUCAGCCCUAUGGGAGGACUCAGAAUCCGGAGAGAUGAUGAUGAGUCUGUUUUGGUACUACCGCCCAGAACACACACAGGGAGGCCGCAAUCCCAGCACACACUGUGAGAAUGAGAUUUUUGCAUCUCGUCAUCAGGACCAGAACAGUGUGGCCUGCAUUGAAGACAAGUGCUACGUUUUGACGUUAGCACAGUACUGUAGAUUUUGUGCCUUCGUGAAAUGUCGCGGGAAGGGUCUCCCUGAAAGUGCCACCAGAAUGGUACGGCCUUGUGUUGAAUACGGCACCUCUGCCCACCGCUGUGUGCCCACGGACAUCGACCCCAACCUGGUGUUCGUCUGUCGCCACGUCUACGACUUCCGCUACGGGCGCAUCCUGAAGAACCUGCAGUAGCACUUGUGAGGACAGUGGUAGAAGGAAGGAAUAUAAACAGUGAAAGAAGAGGUUAAAAAUACACUAUUUUGUUCUUUCCUCAGAAUCCUCACCAAAAGCGCCAGUUGAGACAGACCAAGCCACUCUGUUUUGAGAGGGGCGUGAGAUGUCAACAGUUUUAGGCUGAGUAAGUCUCGAUGUCUGGAAGUGUUUUUGCUCAAUGUCCUGUGGGUCACAAUUGGUCAAUGAGGAAAUGUUUUUUAUCAUCCCAAGCACAAAUUCCCUUUUUUGUUUUUACUACUUUGCCAAAUGAUGAUUUUAUUUUUGCAUCAUCCCAUUCCUUUGCCUAUAAAUAUGUGGGUUAGUAGUCACGUAUUGUGUUGACAGAUGGUACGAGUUAAGACUUGUUUUGGAUUUAACAGGAUGACUCAUAAAUUAAAUGAUGGCUUAACACUUUUAUCUGUAAUGAUUUAGUCUUGAAUUUAAAUUUUAAUUGGCUUAAGUGCAUAGAGAACUAUGUAUUUAUAUAUGGAGAAAAUCACAUUUAUUUUUAAAGUAAUUUAAGAGUGAAUUAUUUAGACUUUUCAAAACGAGAAAUUAUCCAGGCGUUUGCCAACACUGACUCGCUGUCUGCACUGUCUUAGAGGUAAAGUACCUGUGAAUCGCCCCUACCAACUCACUCAGAGGUGUCCUCCGUUGUCAUGCCCUCCAUUGUCAUGGGCUGCUGAAGAAAUUCCUAGGGGGACUUCUAGAGUGGAGAGCUGAUGAAAUAAACCCAUCAACUUUGGUACACACUUGUGACUUGAAUCGUGCAAUUCAUGUUUCACAUUUAAAUACUAAUUUAAAUAAUUACAUGAGCAGGAAAUUCUAAUGAACAAAUUCCCCUUGUUGUCUUAGAAGAUAUAAACCUCAGUAACAGUUAACAGAUUACAUAGAAUUUUUGAGGUAAUUUAUUUGGUAUUUGCUCAAAAUCAGACACAAAUUAAUGCAUAUUGCGCAAACUCCAAACAUAUUGCGCUGCGUGUUGUGGCUAUCACUUUGAUCAUUUUAACUCCCUCAGUUUUGGACAUUUGUGCAUAUGGUGGAGGCGUGCAUGAACGUGCAAAUGGAGGGCAGAAAGGAAAGGACUGUUUUUUUUUAUUCAGCAUAUGAAUAACCGGUGACUCUUAACUGGAAGGGCCACCCCAAGAUAAUGUUUUUGCCCUACUACCCUGCCUUGAAUUGACCAAUGAACAAGUGUUCAUUGCCCUUGAGCAAGGUAGUUAACCCCCAACAAUAACUGCUUCCCGGGCGCCGAUGACGUCGAUUAAGGCAUCCCCUGUGGAAGACACAUUUUAGUUGAAUGCUUUCACUUGUGCAACUGACUACUUUCCAAGAAAAGUAGGACAACAUUAUUGUUAUUUUAUGUAUUUUUUAAAUGCCAUUUUUUUCUGGUAAAUUCUGUUAAUUGAUAACAAAUGGAUUUACCAAAAGGGAAUAGAAAGGAGUGUAAAAUGUCAAAUUCAACUUAUUCCCCGGUGUAGAAAACUCUGAAUUCCAUAUUUCUUAUGUGCAUAUGUUACAAGUUUUAGCAUGGAGUUUCUGGGAAUUCUUGGAAAGGAUAUUCAUAGCAGUGUUUGUAUCAUUUAACAUGGACCUGUUUAAUAUAAAACAAUAUUUAAAUGGAAUAAAUAAUAUAUGAUUUUGAAUCCAAGAGUUUAAUUUGACGAGAUUGCAAAGUCAGUCUGACUAAUCUUUGCAUGUGCAUGACAUUGUGUCAAGUUCUUACAAAUUAACAUCAGUAACUUACUCUCAUUUAGCUCCUGAACGGAGUUGACUUUCUAAUAAAAAUCUUUCUGCUUUUAAAGGGCAACUCCACCACUUUUCAACCUCAUUUUCAUUAUCUCCAGCACCAUACCCGUGUCAACGUAUGUAAAAAAUAAAAAAUAAAAAGGUUUUAUAGAAAAAUUACAUAAAGUUACAAAGUUCUACAAAGUUUAAAACUGAUUUUCAAACACUAUGAAAUUCAAAGUGAUGUGGGGAGCAAGAAAAUACCCUCUCUUAUGGUAUGACUUCCUUCGCAUUUAAAAACUGGAUGAAAGGUGGUUACAGAGAGGCAUUUGUUAGGACCUUUCUUAUUAUCUUUUUAACCACAGAUCAUAGAUACUGGUUUGGUGCUGUAGAUUAUGAAUAUGAGGUUGGAAAGUGGUGGAAUUGCUCUUUAACUUUCUCCUGGUGAGAUGAGCUGUUGAACAACCUGAGAAGCGUACUAAGACAAACCCACCACAUGGUGUCCUGCUAGGUCUGCUUUCAGUGUUUCAUUCAACAUAAUUUUGUCUUCUGACAAAUACAAUAAUGGAUGUCUCCAUAGGCCGUAUGUAUCAAGCGUCUCAGAGUAGGAGUAGUUUAAGGAUCAGUUUUGGCUUUUAGAUUACAGUGAAUAAGGUUACAUGGACGGGACAAGCUGAUCCAAGAUCAGCACUUCUUCUUUGAGACAACUGAUAUGUACGGACACAGAAGUUUACAUUAAUUUAAUUAAUAUUGAUCCUCAAAUCCGAUAAAAUAUUGGAACGAUAAAAGGUACUGUUUUACCAUAUGUUGACCUUUCAUAGUUACCUCAUGACACCUUUUUGAGUGUCACAAAAAGGUAAUGCCCCGUGCUUACAACAGCCCUUUGAUGUCUUAUGCCACUUUAAUGUGUAAUCCACCUUUCCUUGUGAAUUAAUGGUGGCCAUUCAUAUAUUCUUAUUGAGUGGAUCAGGAGAUGGGGGGUUCAAGGACUCUUGGAGAUCCAAUAUAGUAAUUAGCAACCCAGUAUCACAGAUUAUUGUGAAAUAGACACAAGUUGCUUAUUGGAACUUCGUGACAGGCACACAAAGCUGUGUGCAUUAGACAAUUUUGUAUACAUUUAAUUUCAAUCACAGAUAAAGACAGUAGGUUAAGACAGAAACAAUAGGAGGACGGUUGGUUGGGCUUAUAACGCGAAUGUCUAGCAACACAAAUGAUUUUCUCUCAUUACGGACAACUUUAGCUUAUUAGCAACUUUGCAGCUACUUAGCAUGCUAGUUAACCCUUCCCCUAACCUUAACCCUUUAACCUAACUCCAUUUGCAUGUCUAACAGCCUGCAUGUUUGAUAAAAGCUUAUUAAGGGUAAACUGCUUACAGUUUAAUCGCCUUGUACUGUAUUGAUCUAUUACCUUGGGGUUGUUUGUGUGUGUGUCUGUGUGCAUGUUCCCUGACUUGUGUAUGUGUCCAUGUGUGUUCAUUCCCCUAUUUCCUCGCAGGCUACUGCAGUGAAAUACUUUUACAAGUUCCCCAGUGAAAAUUGACUUCAGUCGGUCUGUUUCCGUGCACAGAUGUUGUACACAGUUUAAGUCAAUGACAGUGGAACUCUAUCUACACUUGAGAUAGAGUACACCUGCAAGAAAAUGGAGUACACCUGCAAGGUCACUCAUCCCAUUUUCAGCUGUCCUUAAGAUCUUCAAUUUGGAGAGGCUGUCUUCGCUUUCUUUAGAAAAAACAUUGGUCCAUUGAUUCAAUCGUUUGCGACUUAGAGUGCAUUUUAUUUCCGGAUGCUCUUGAGGCUAAUUCAAGGUCUCUGUAAUAUUGUUUUUCCGUAUUUCGAGAAAUGUAAUUUGCUACCACUUCGCUUGUUAUGUCAGUUUGGUCGGGAAACAAAAGCUGGUGGCCUGGUUUCCUUCUGACCCCAUCAAAAAAGUACCAAAGAGCAGAAUGCUCAGUUCUUAAGGCGUGCACACAUAGCACCGAUUGUGGAUCUAGCAUUUGUGUCUGGGUGUGCACUCGGUUCAGACUUGGGGGGAGUGAAGGAGGGUAAAGACAUAAUUUGCAUUUAAGAUAUUUAAAUAUUGUCUUUCUCGAUGUGGCCAAUUAAUUUGUCAUAGUCACCGGAAAUUAAGUAAAUUAUGUGAUCUGUAGAAAUGUAUUUCUCCAUCCUAGGGCAUGUGGUAUAGGCUACCAGACAUUAAAUGUGUCUGAUAAUGAUAGCUUUCUGAACUAUAAUGGAAGGAUUGGCGUAGGAUAUAUAUCCGUAUAGCUCAGACACACUGGUAGGAUUGUCAAAUGUUUGCCUGCCGACAGCACUUAUGACCUCCGUACAGAGUGUCAGCAGUCAAUAUUUAUUGUGUUCACACAGCAAAACCUUGAAGUAGUCAGCCACUCGGCCUUGUUAAAAUACUCUAUCCAGAAGGUGCCAGUAGCGUUGUUUCGCAAUGCAUGUCUGUGUGUGUUGCUUAGUUCAUGGUAUAGAUGCCAAUGUUAUCAAGUUGGCUACAGUAGCUGUGCUAAUGUUGCUAUUUUGUAGAAAGCCCUCGUUGAUACUAGCGAGAUGGCCACAGCUCGAUAACUACCUAGCAAGAUGACAAAUACAGUGUUUAAUUCACUCUGCAUAAUCCACUACCAACAGUGCCAGCCCAUAGACAAAUGUUUAGCUAGCUAGUGAACAUUAGCAUAUUCGCUAGCUAGCACAACAUAGCUAGCUACCUAGCCAAUGACAUUGCACUAACUCAGCAGCUAACACAGGCAGUUUUUUAAUGGAAACAAAUCCAUUGUGAUUGAUUAUAAUGAGUUGUAGAAAUGAUUUAGUGUUGUGCUGUUGUGUGUUGUUUAGUGUCCUUUAGUGUAUUUAGUGUUGUUUAUUAUCCUUUUUGUUGACACUUCUGAUGGCUCCCACUGAGGGUUUGGUAGGUUACUUUUUAAAUGUAAUCCGUUACUAAUUACCUGUCUAAAAUUUUAAUCGGUAACGUAACCUUCGGAUUACCUAAACUCAGUAACGUAAUCUGAUCCUUUUAUUCAGAUUACAACUGCUCACUUUUGGUUGUUUGAAAAGGAAAUAAUCUCCAAAAUUGUCACGCCCUGACCUUAGAGAGCCUUU